AACGGUACGGUUCAUACACACGUUUAGGACGAAAUUAUGCUUUUGAAUGCACCAUCUUGAACUUUUGAUUUCUUGACGAGAGUCUAUUGAAAGCGUGUCUUUAGCUCGGGUAGCAGGUGUUCAGUGACCAAGUUUUUGCGACUCUUCAGUGGAUUCGUGCACCGCAGAUCAACAGAAUCGCAGCAUUAGCCGUUUAUUCGUUUACGAGGAGUUUGCACCGGACAUUUUUGGGUUAUGUGAUUUUUGUUGAAUCCUGGCUAACCUGUUGUAUACAUAAAGUAUUCUGGAUACCAAAUUAACCACUUAAGAAAAUUAAUCUAGCACUAUUUUAUCCAGAGCCCACCCGCCGGGUCCGAAUGGAUGAAGGCACGACCAACGCACACCGGUUUGGAUUUUAAACGUCUCUACAAGAAACGUCGAAUGCCGUGAGAAUAGUCGCAACGAUCGGGUAGAUAAUCCGUUCGGGAAACGACAAAACAACGCGGGUUUAUAGGAGAUAUCGACGCUGUAAGCGGAUAAAUUAAAUCGUAUCAAUACUUCACCGGGAUCAAUACGAAAGCAUCAUGGACCGGCUCGGGACACAUAAGAGCGGCUCGCGCUCAAUGGAGAUAUGUUUGCGGAGCAAAUCCUUAAAUUUGGAGCAAAUCCGGUCCCUUUCCGCGCCGUUCUCUAACGGGAGGUUUGAAGGUACCGUGUUAUUAAGUGCUAGCUGUGAUGAUGAGGGAAAAAGCUUUCACCAAGCCCCGAGAAAUGAAAGAAAAGCGACCGGACGCAAAGUGGCGGACUCGGAGCUCAACUCUCCCGCGUCUCGGAUGAAUGAGAAUCGCCUUAUGAAUGCAGUGAAGCGGAGCGCGCACUUUUCUCCUUUACGAACCUCAGCAUCUACCGGGGGUACAGAUUCCGGCUUAAGUGGGGUUCAAAGCAGUCUCACCAAAGGCAAAGUUAAAGGGAUUAUAGACCGCCAAGGAAAUAUAAAGGACGUGAUGAUGAGGAGAGCGAGAUGCGGGAUGUGGGGUUGGAUAUUUGCCCUUGUGUUCUUCUGGAAUACCCACAUGUUGCGCGCCCAAGACGUCGCCCCGUACUUCAAAACAGAGGCUGGAGGUGAACAGACGCACCUGGAGGGCAACAGACUCGUGCUCACCUGUUUGGCCGAGGGCAGCUGGCCGCUGGAGUUCAAGUGGAUCAGAAACACCACAGACAUCACAGAAUAUUCCCCUGAGUACAGGUACAAGAUUGCAUCGUUAGAUCGCGAGGAUGCGGGCGUGUAUCAGUGCGUAGUGAGGAACAGGAUGGGAGCGUUGAUCCAAACCAGAGCCGAUGUUCGCGUGGCUUACAUGGAUAGCUUCGCUGAACUGGAACAGAGAAAAACGAUCGCUCAGGGAAGGGCGGCCAUUCUGAAUCCCCCCGCUGUGGCUAGUUACCCGCGCCCUCAGGUCACAUGGUUCAGAGAGGGCUACAAAAUCAUCCCUAACCAUCGAAUAGCAAUAACAUUGGACAAUCAGCUCGUGGUGUUGGGUACGACAGCAGCGGACGCAGGCCGGUAUUACGUGCAGGCUGUGAACGAACGCAAUGGAGAAAACAAAACCAGCCCUUCAAUUUAUCUGAGUAUAGCAAUAAACAAGAGGAGUCGUGGUUCUCUUGACAGUGUUGCCCCCGCUGAAUUGGUUGCCCCGGUGAUCGUGAUUGCACCUAAGAACACAUCAGUGGUUGCCGGGGCGAGCGAGGCUACUCUCGAGUGCGUCGCUAAUGCGAGGUCUCUUGACAGACUGCAGGUGUUCUGGAAGCGUAAUGGGGUGAGACUAACAACAGGAGUGGACUCGUUCGGUCGCAGACUGGUCAUCAGUAACCCCACUACAGCGGAUACGGGGCUGUAUGUGUGCGAGGCGGCUCUCAGAAACAGCAGCCAAAAAAGCACCGAGGCCAAAACGUACUUGUCAGUCUUGGAGCCUCCAUAUUUCACGUCAAGGCCAAAAAAGACAGUGAUAACCGAAAUUGAGAAAAACAUUGAACUUCAGUGUCAGGUCAAAGGGGUUCCCAUGCCAAAACUGGAGUGGUACAAAGAUGCUGUUCCUCUGUCUAAGCUGAACAACACUCGAUACAAGCUCACCUCGAUGAUUCUACAAGUGCGGAAGGUUCAGCCGGACGACACGGGAAUAUUCCAGUGCUUUGCGGAAAACACGGCCGGACAAAUCCAGGCAUAUACCAACUUGGUUGUCACAAGCGUGUCACCAUCUUUCACCACUCCCCCUUCUGACAUCACCGUGACUGACGGAACGUUAGCCGUCUUCAGCUGCGAGACGUCCGGAGCCCCCAGACCUGCCAUUGUUUGGAGAAAUGGUUCCCAGGUGUUAGCGAGCGGAACGGUUCAGGUGCCUCGUUUCACUCUGCUGGAAUCCGGAGGGUUGCAGAUUUUACCCAUAAUGCUGAGCGAUGCCGGAAACUACACAUGCUCUGUGUCUAACACUGAGGGAUUAGUCAGUGGCACUGCAGCUCUGACCGUCCUGAGCCGAACCUUCGUUUCGAUGGCCCCGGAGGAUCAGCGCGUCAUCAAGGGAACCACCGCUGUCCUGAACUGUGCAGCAACCCAUGACCCAAGAGUCACAGUGAGGUACUCUUGGAAGAGAGGUAACCGCAUGCUGAGCGUGUCGACUGGCGGCCGAGUGUCGAUGAGAGAAGGCUCCCUUCACAUCAGCCAGACGUGGUCAGGAGACAUCGGAGACUACACCUGCAGGGUCACCUCGCCAGCUGGAAACGACUCGAAAACCGCCCGUCUGGAAGUCAUAGAACUUCCCCAUUCGCCACGUAACCUGCAGGUAGCACUUAAUGAGACGGACAGCAGAACGGUUCUUCUGUCGUGGGUUCGACCCUUUGACGGAAACAGCCCUCUUCUGCAUUACAUCAUUGAACUCUCUGAGAACAAUUCACCGUGGAAGGUUUACAUGGCUGACGUUAGCCCUCCGCUUACCAGUUUGUUAGUCAGUGGUCUGACACCAGCCAGGACAUAUCAGUUCAGAAUAUGUGCCGUCAAUCAGGUGGGACGUGGACAGUACAGCCCCGAGACAAACAGGCUGAUGCUGCGAGAGGAACCACCCAGCGCGCCUCCCAAAAACAUUGUGGCUAGUGGUCGAACCAAUCAGAGCAUCAUGGUCCAGUGGCAGCCGCCCCCAGAGCUACAGCUCAAUGGAGUCCUAAGAGGAUAUGUGCUCAGAUAUAGAUUGGCGGGUCUGCCUGGUGAGUUUCAGCUGAAGAACAUCACCAGUGCAGAGAUUAAUUACUGUCUGAUUGGAGACCUCAUCAUCUGGACGCAGUAUGAGAUCCAAGUGGCUGCCUACACUGGAGCCGGUCUGGGGGUGUACAGCCAGUCUGUCACUGAGUACACACUGCAAGGAGUGCCUACAGCGCCCCCACAAGACUCGGAGGCUGUCCCUGUCAAUUCCACCACCAUCAGAUUCACCUGGACGCCACCACCUCAACAGUUCAUCAAUGGCAUCAAUCAGGGGUACAAGCUGCUGGUGUGGCCUGAACACUGUCCGGAAUGCAUUACCAUGGUGACUAUUGCCCCUGAGUUCCACGGGUCACGUCACUAUGGUUACGUUACCGGUUUAAAGAAGUUCACAUGGUAUGAAACGGCGGUGCUUUGUUUCACCACGCCUGGCGACGGCCCAGCUAGCACGCCACAGCUUAUCCAGACGCACGCUGACAAACCAGGCCCGGUCUCUCACCUGAGCUUUACUGAGAUCCUGGACACAUCUCUGAAGGUUAGCUGGCAGGAACCCAAAGACAAGAAUGGCAUUAUCACAGGCUACGUCUUAUGUUGGGAGGAAGCCGGGCAAAACGAAACCCGCGUAAUGCACACCCUAUCCAACUCCACACUGGUGUAUAAAGUAACCGGGCUCACCUCGCUAACCACGUACACACUGCAGGUGGCCGCAGUAACACAGGCCGGAACGGGAAUGGCCACUUCGUCGACCAUCUCGACAGGACUUCCUCCAGAGCUUCCCGGCGCGCCGUCGAACCUGGUCAUCUCCAACAUAAGUCCUCGCUCCGCCACCAUCAGGUUCCGCCCCGGCAGCGAUGGCAAAACCGCCAUCUCCGAAUGGAUCGUGGAAGGACAGGUGGGCGCUGCUAAGGAGGCAGAGGAGUGGAAGGUCCUGUAUGAGAGAGACAAUCCACCAACCUCUGGAGACUCUCUGGAGAUUCCAAAUCUCAUCCCCUUCACCCAAUACAGGUUCAGAAUGAGGCAGGUGAACGUGGUGGGUUCGAGUCCGUUCAGUCAGCCGUCCAGUGUUAUGCAGACCCUCCAGGCCAGUCCAGAUGUGGCUCCCGCAGAUCUCAGCGUGCUGUCCGCUACUGAAACCAGCUUGAGGAUUCGCUGGGAGCCACUUGCAGAAGCAGAUUACAAUGGAAAUCCAGAAAGCGUGGGCUACCGCAUACGUGCUCGGAGGUCGGACGGGCUCGGGCAGCCACGGAUGGAGACGGUUAAUGACCGUCAGUCUCGAGAGGUGACAGUGGAGGGUCUGGAGGAAUGGAUGGAGUAUGAGCUGAGCGUUCAGGCCUUCAAUGCCAUCGGCUCUGGACCCUGGAGCAGCCCAGUGCUAGGCAAAACUAAAGAGUCAGUUCCCUCUGGGGCUCCAGAAAACGUGAGCGCUGAAGCAAUGAGCUCUACAAGUAUACUGGUCACCUGGGGGUCAGUCCCUGAGCACCAGAAGAACGGCCACAUCCUUGGAUACAAGGUAUUAUACAAAGAGAAAGAUUUGGAGCAGGCUCCCCAGGUCCAGCCGGUGAACGGGAACCAGGUUCACUCUCUCCUUUUGCGGAACCUGAGUAAGUUCAUCCUGUAUGAAGUUCAGGUGCUUGCGUUCACGCGUGUCGAAGAAGGCCCACCCAGCAUUCCCCCCACAAUUGAGAGAACUAGGGGCGACGUUCCGGGUCCACCUGUCAGGUUGAUGUUUCCAGAAGUGCGACUCACAUCUGUGAGGGUUGUCUGGCAGCCUCCCUCCGAGCCAAAUGGUAUUAUUAUGGGUUAUCAGAUUUCUUACCGACUGGAUGUCAAUGACCCCAACAAGUUCACCACGGUGGAGGUGGGGUCCAACGCGAGGCAGUUCACAGUGAGCGGUCUGAACCCAGAGUCUGCAUACGUGUUUCAAAUCCAGGCACGUACACAGCAGGGAUGGGGACCACCGGAGGAAGCCAUUGUCAUAACGACGGAGAAAAGAGAACGGCCUCAGCCACCUCGCCGACUGACCACACCGCAGAAAGGGGUGGAGUCCCGUAAGCUUCGUCUUCAGUGGACAGCGGGCGGAGAUGGCUCGUCCCCCGUGCGCUACAAUACCCUGCAGACAUUAGAGCUGCCGGAUGGAGAAUGGAAGACCCACACGUCCUCCAUCGGUCAUAACAACACCUCCUGGGAUGUGGAUAGGUUGAAGCCGUACACCUCUUACAAAUUUAGAAUGAUGGCCACAAAUGAUGUGGGUGAAAGCGCCUUCAGCAAGGAAACCGAGCCAGUUACCACACUGCAAGAUGUACCGGGUGACGCUCCUACUAUUUUGCAUGUCAGACCGUCCACCACAACAUCCGUGAUCGUCCAGUGGCAGCCGCCUCAGGAGGGGACUGUGAAUGGGAUUCUUGUAGGAUAUCGCGUGUAUUACCACGAGCUUCCGCUCGAACACGCCACGGCUGAACCAAAAACGGCAACCAACCAAUCAACAAUGAGUCCUGAGUUCAGAGCCAGGAGCACUUUUAAGACAGUGAGCAGCCCUUCAUUAACGGAAUUUGAAUUAACUCAGCUCACCAAGUACCGGCGCUAUGAAAUUGUCAUGACGGCAUUUAAUGUUGUUGGAGAGAGUCCCUUAAGUGCACCUGUUGAGGUGUUUGUUGGAGAAGCAGCUCCUUCAGUAGCCCCUCAGAACAUCCAAGUGAAAGCUGUUUCCUCCUCUCAGCUGGACGUCGAGUGGCAGCCUCCGCCUGUAGAGACACAGAACGGGAAUAUUCAUGGAUACAAGAUUCACUACUGGGAAAAGGACAAGCAGAAUGACACAGAGAAGGAGCUUGUUUUGUUCAUUCCCGAGACGUCUGUGCACCUGAAGAAUCUGACGUCGUACACCACCUACCACAUUCAACUGUCUGCAUUUAACGCAGCGGGGGACGGCCCACUCGGCGCUGCCCGUAAAGGACGAACGCUGCAGGCUGCUCCUGGGCCACCCAGUCAUGUUCUGUUCUCAGAGGUAACAGGGAGCUCAUUGAAUGUGUCGUGGGGAGCACCUCUUCAGCCCAAUGGAGUGCUUGAAGGGUACAGAGUGAUCUACGAGCCCACGGCACCCGUUCAUGGUGUCAGUAAGAUCGUUACGGUGGACAUCAAGGGCAACUGGCAGCGCUGGCUGAAGGUUCGAGACCUGAUGAGGGGCGUGGUCUAUCGCUUCAAGGUCCAGGCUCGAACCAUCACUUACGGACCUGAACUGGAGGCCAAUAUUACCGCCGGACCAGUAGAAGGCUCACCUGGUUCGCCCUUGCAGACCUCAAUCACAAAAUCAGCAUCAGCUCUGACGCUUCAUUGGUCAGAGGGUGCUGAAGGGGUGGGACCUGUCACAGGAUAUGUCAUUGAAUCACGUCCAUCAGAUGAAGGAUUAUGGGAUACAUUUGUCAAACAUCUCCCACCUGGGAGCUUCUCGUACACUAUUAGUCUGGACCGCCUACGUUCAGGUGUGGCCUACGAGUUCCGUGUCAUCGCCGUCAACCGUUUCGGCUACGGGGAUCCCAGUCCGCCUUCCACUGCCAUGUCUGCUCUGUCUGAAACGCCUUUCUAUGAGGAGUGGUGGUUCCUGGUUGUCAUGGCGCUGAUCAGCCUCAUUCUGAUUCUGAUGGUUGUGUUUGGUUUGCUUCUGCUGGGACAGAACAAGAAGUACAGGAGCUGUGGUACAGGAAAGCAUAUCUCCACUGUAGAAGAGGCUGUAACCCUCGAUAAUGGCGGUUUCACGGCAUUAGAGUUAAACAGCAGACAUCUGAAUGUGAAAAGCACUUUCCUCAAGAAGAAUGGAACGAGGUCACCACCACGGCCGAGCCCGGGUGGGCUGCACUACUCAGAUGAAGACAUCUGUAACAACUACAACGGGGCGGUUUUAACGGAGAGCACCACCCUCACAGAGAAACCCACAGAGCUCUCUGAGUCAGAGGUGAGCGACAGUGACUACGAGGACGAGCAUCCCAAGCACUCGUUCGUCAAUCACUACAUGAGCGACCCCACCUAUUACAACUCAUGGAAGCGUCAGCCCAAAGGUGUGAAAACCGGUGGAGGCUUCGAAGACUGUACCCCGACAGACGCGGAGGGGGGUUAUUAUCAGACUGUGGUGACCCAGCACAGCGUAGGGGGCGUCUACACCCCCACAGGACAGCCCGCACCGGGAACACGCACCCCAGUGACUGGCUUCUCAUCGUUUGUCUGAUUAACUUACGAGAUCAACUCAAAAACAAGCGGGAGGCUGACAAACAGGACCCUGAACGGGACCAGUCGCGUUGUCACGGAGCAUCAAAGAAACUGAAUGUGUUUUCCCAGAGACGAAUAUCCUCUAAUUCCCCCGAAAUGUGUGUGUUAGAUCUCCUCUCUUCAAAGAAGGGAAGGUAUUAAAGUAUCUCAUUGUUAAUGUGUUAAUCAUUUCUGGGUGGAUUUUGGAAGAUUAACCGCGACCCGACGGGAGCGGAGACUUUACACUGUGAGACUCUUUAGCAGGAGGCGAUACUCAUUUCUCAAAGACUCAAAGAACCACAACGGAGGCCGGAAAUUCCUUUGUUGUUCCGUAGCAACUCCGCGGGAUUAGUCGUAAUGUGUGGACAAACACACGCUCGAGUGAUUCAGCGAAUAACUUCCUCACCUCACCCAUCCCUGAAACUCUAUUUGAAGAUCGCCGGAAAUCUGACUUGUACAGUGUGUGGUAGAUUGGAAUAACUUGUUUGUGUGUGUUUUUGUGUCGAAGAUGGGUGAAAGAAGCACUGAAAAAAAACUGCCUUUGCACAUGUAUUGCUCUCUUAAACCAAGAGAGUGAUGCUUUAUCCAGAAAGAAAACGUGACCCUGCCUGUGAAGACCCAGCUCAAGGCAUUUUUUUGUGAUUUACUGUUUUCUACUUCAAAUCAUCCUAGUGAAAAUAUAACCUUGAUAUCUUUAAUAUUGACUGAGUGAGGCCAUGUCAAAUAUUGAAAUCAUUGUGAAAUUAUUGGUUGAUAUCAAACUUUGAGGCUCAAAACGUCAGAAUUAGAUUUUGAGACUUUAGGCUGUUUUUCACAGGCCGGGUCACAAACGUGCGCUCACAACAGAUGCUUUCUUAGGUUAGCAAUACUGUAUGUAAAUGAUGCUGGAUGUGUGUAUAUUUUUAGGAUCACUUUUGUACGAACAACGUUUUUACUGUUGUGCAGAUUUGUGCCAAGUCGACGUAGUUCUUUAGUGACGUUCAUUUCUGCAAGUCACAAUCACGCUGUUUGUUUGACUGGCUUGCUGUGUGUGUACAACCCAGUCACCCAGAGAGUUGAUAAGAAAUCCAAAUAUACACCGAUUUUUCAUCUCAUUCGAUGUUGAACAAGUAUUUAUUUCACUAUGAAAGAGAGUGCUGAAUAAAUAAAACGCACAGGUAAAAUGAUCAUAAUUGUGGUGCACAGAAGUUGAGAGUGGUGUUACAGAUCUGGGGUGGGAACAAAAAGGUUGCCAGUUUGAACCCUUUAAAGGAACAAUUUUUUACUCGACAAAAAUGAGAAUUCGUUCAAUCGUUUACUCACUCUCGUGUCAUUCAAAACCUGUAUGAUUCUUUCGUUUGUGAAAAAAAUGAGAUAUUUUGAGAAAUGUCUUAGUGGUUUUGUGUUCAUACAAUGGAAGUCAAUGGGGACGAAAGUUGAUUGGUUACCAACGUUCUUCAAAAUAUCUUCUUUUGUGUUCUGUAGAAAAAAGGGGAAAAAAGGUUUGAAACAACAUUUUUUCUUAUAGGUAUACAGUAAUUCAGACCCAACACAUGCAGUAGGCUGUGUUUAGAAUACUAAAUUCUAUUUUUUUGUAGUAUACAGUACACUGAUAAGAAGUUUAUAUGUUGGAAAAAAUAAUACUGUACUACAGUAUAUAGUGACAUUUAGAUAUCUCAUAUUUGCCCUUUGGUUACUGAGGUUAAAGGCACAGUUUACUCGAAAAUAAGAAUUCUGUCAUCAUUUACUGACCCUCGAGUGAUCUGUUAUUUAUCAAAUGUCUUUGUUCUGAUGAACACACAGAAAGAUAUUUGGAAGAAUGCUUGUAACCAAACAGUUCUUGGCCACCAUAGACUACCAUAGUAGGAAAAUAUUACCCCAGAAUAUGCCCAGAGCGAUUUGCUUUCCUACAUUUUUAAAAUAUCUUCUUCUGUGUUCAACAGAACAGACAUUUAUAAAGAACUUUUUCCUACUAUGGUAGUCACUGGUGACCGAGAACUGUUCGGUUACAAACAUUCUUCUUAAUUUCUUUCUCUGUGUUUAUCAGGACAAAUUGAUACAGAUUUGGAACAACUCAAGUGUGAGUAAAUGAAGAAUUUUUAUUUUUGGGUGAACUGUUCCUUUAACACAGGUACUGUAUGUAUAACAAGACUCCGUACUUCAAACGCAGUGGCCGAACUUGGACAUACAAUACUUGUGUGAAUACGUCUAUUCUACGCAAAAUUCAUCAUUUAUAACAAUGAAUAGACAUGGUCGGUCUACUUGACAAGUUCCGCAUCUAAAUGAGCAACGCAUUAGGUUAAAGGACAGGAAGGACUAUGCAGAGUAUUGUUUAUCUGAAUGACACAACUGUAUGCUCUUCAAAGCAACUAAAAUGUUAGUCGAUGUUCCUACAGCUAUAUUACCCACAAUGCAUUCUGUAUGCAUUUACCAGCAUUGUACUCAAGUACUCUUAAAGUGAGUCGUUGUGUGUUGAAAUAGUCAACAUGUGCAGUGUGUGCAUCACAAUGAACACUUACACUAUCGUGGCAUUGAACCGAAUCGAGCCUGUAGGUCACAAUUGCUUUUGUAAAACAAUACGCAUUUGUCUUUUACAUUUUUGUAACUGCUGCGAUUGUUUUUUAGUUUUCUGAACCCUUAACCCUAAGUAUUUAACUUUGAGCACCGUUCUCACAACUGACAAAAAUCAUACUUAAACUGUGAUAUGUUUAGUGGUGUGUUGUUCCUUUAAACUUAUUAUUCUUACAUUGAAGGAACCCAAGCUAUGUUUAGUGUCUGCAAUAUCAUGAACACCUUUUCCCCCCAAAUGUACAAAAUCUACCUACAAUUAAUUUUACAUCCCUUUAGUGUAAUAAAUAAAACCACUCGGUUUAUAACUUCAUGCAAAUUCCCCAAGCACUAAACCAGACAGAACUGUAUGUGAUCCAACUAUACAUCCAAAAAGCCACACAUUGUUUUACAUCUAGUCAGCAGACUGUAGCUUGCGAGUAAUUCUUUCCACUUGACAUUUGAGCACAUGACAUGAUGUUGGUAAAUUCGCUGACAUUAUUCCCUAAACAAAUGACCUUGCAGCUCUCUUAUUUACAAUAAUGGCGACUGAAAGGCAACAGAAGUCAACGUUAUUUGCUGCGUUCAUGCGAUGCAGUUUCCUGUCUUCUGUAAAAUGUUCAUUGAAGAGAUCCACCGUGGCCCUUUAAAAGUAUUUGGGUGCUCCGUUAUACCUACAAAUGUAUACAUCUUAAUAGAUUACAUUAGUAAAAUGACAAACAUAUGAUGUUAACCCCCCCUCACAUUCACAACACGUUUUAUGUCACAGGUGUCAAACACAUUUUUGUAUCUAUUUCAAUAACAGUUUUUAAAUGUGGCUCAAAUCUUUUUUAUGGUCCGCUGUUGCAACCCUUUAUCAAUAUUAUGGCCUGUGAUAUUGAGGCUUUAUCAUUGUAAUGCACUUGUUUUGAGUACUACGAUUAAAUG